ACGACUAAUUCCUCCCCUCGUAGACCCGACCCUAAACACAAUACCACAUUUCCGCAUCCUUUCUCUGGCAGUAGCUAUCUCCGAGCAUUCUUCGCCUCCCACAGUUUUGUACGUAUUUCCAGGAGGAAUUGCACAAGAGUAUUCCCAUACGAUUCUUAUAACUCAGAAGAAAGCGGCAUUACUACAGCCUGUUUCUUAGCUACCUGUGAAUUUUGUCAAAUUUUUGUAGUCUUUGAUGGAAUUAUGUAUUCUACAACUAAGCAUAAACUGGCAUUGCUGUGAGUGGUUUCGAUAUCGGAUCAUGUAUGUCUGUUCUUGGCUGCCUGUAUUUUGUAAUUUAAGGUGACCUCUUUCAUCUGCCUUUCAAAAAUUUUGGUGAAAGAAAGGAGUUACAAAUGGCUACUUUAUUUCCCGGUGAUCCUUCCCAUCAAGGAGUACAUGAACGAAAUUAUAUGGUUUCUCAAGUCAAUCUAGAAGAAGGUGGUGGCCGUUGGUAUAUAUCUAGAAAGGAAAUUGAAGAAAAUUCCCCUUCUAGACAAGAUGGCAUUGAUUUGAAGAAGGAGGCUUAUUUACGCAAGUCGUAUUGUGCUUUUUUACAAGAUUUAGGCAUGAGGCUGAAAGUGCCGCAGGUAACGAUCGCUACGGCAAUAAUUUUUUGUCAUCGUUUCUUUCUUCGUCAGUCCCUUGCAAAAAAUGAUAGGAGGACCAUUGCUACGGUAUGUAUGUUUCUUGCUGGCAAGGUUGAAGAAACUCCUCGUCCUUUGAAAGAUGUUAUACUAAUGUCCUAUGAAAUCGUUCAUAAAAAGGAUCCUGACGCUGGUCAGAGGAUCAAACAAAAGGAGGUAUAUGAACAACAAAAAGAACUAAUUUUGCUGGGGGAGAGAGUUGUUCUUACAACUCUUGAUUUUGAUCUCAAUUUACACCAUCCAUAUAAGCCCCUUGUCGAAGCAAUUAAAAAAUUUAAGGUUGCUCAAAAUGCAUUAGCUCAAGUCGCAUGGAAUUUCGUUAAUGAUGGGCUUCGGACAUGUCUCUGCUUGCAAUUUAAGCCACACCACAUUGCAGCAGGUGCUAUUUUCCUUGCUGCCAAGUUUCUCAAAGUAAAGCUCCCAUCUGAUGGUGAGAAGGUUUGGUGGCAGGAGUUUGACGUAACCCCAUGCCAAUUGGAGGAGGUCAGCAAUCAGAUGUUAGAAUUGUAUGAACAAAAUAGACUGCUACCUUCUCAGGCUAGUGAAGCAGAAGGAAGUGCUGGAGGCAUUCGACCUCAGCCAAAAACUCCUGCAAGUGAAGAGCAUGUUACUGAUCACAUCAAUUCAUCGAAGCCAGGAACUUUAACAUCAGCGAGGCCAGUUCCUGAUCAACCCCAUGCUGAUAAUCAAAAUGGGCAGCCAAGAAUGACUCAGGCUCGAAAUGAUGACUAUGGAAGAACCAACAUGAAUGCAGAACUAAAUAGUAUUCCGGAUCACAAGGGAGAUGAGAUUGAUGACAUUUAUAACCGUGAACGAGAGGCAUUACCUCAUGGGGGGAAUACGGGGGAGAUCCAGAAUAAAUCAGAGUCGGGUUUGGAUGGACAUGGUCAGGAACAUGAAAAAGGAAAUACUGGGAGAACUGAAAGGAGGAAUUCUUUGGACCUGAAGGAUAAAUACCACAGCCGAAAUCCAGGGCCCAAGGAUGGUAAGGUUGGCCAGUCACCUCAAGAUGCUAUAAAAAAAAUCGACAGAGAGAAGGUUAAAGCGGCUCUUGAACGGAGAAAGGCCCGUGGGGACAUAACUCGUAAAAUGGAUCCUGUGGACGAACUCGAAAGAGAAUUGGAGGAUGUUGAAUUGCCUGGUCAGAGUGAGAAGAUUAAGCAUGGCAGAAAACAAAGCUGGUUCAAGUCUUCAAAUAGGCCAGAGCGCGAGAACUCACAUCAUGCAAAAUAUCCAGAUGAGGUUGGAGAUCUGCAUUACCAAGCAAUGAAAGGAAAUCCGUCCCAUGGGAAAAAAUUUGACUCUGUAGAAGAAGGGGAAGUGGAAUUGGAAUUAUUUGAUGAUGCCGACGAGGGAUAUCGGUCACCAAGGUCGAACAAUCGUAAGAGGAAGGCUAGUAGUCCCCAGACAAACUUGUAAGGUAAAGCAGCGAAAUUAUUAUCUGUUAGGCUUUCAUAACCAUGAUUGAACAUGCAAGCAGCUACUGAAGGUUCGACCAAAGCUUCUUGUUCAGGCGACUAUUUGGAUUCAUUGCCAUAUGUGAUCCCCCGCCUCCCUGGACUUUUGGUGAAUGUGUUUUAGAUAUCCAUCUCUGGUGAUUUUAUCUAGUAACCAUUGAAACUAUCCAUAAAAGAAAGAAAAAGGAGGAAAAAAAUAAUAAUAAUAACAAAAUUAAGUUUUGAUGGGGACUUC